AUGGUCCAGGAGGAGAAGACGAUGGGCUCCGCUCCGCGCCCCGACGAGCCCGUGGCCCCUAGCCCCGUGGCCGCAGAGGCUCCGAUUGAGGAGCCUGGUACCAUCGAAGUCGAAAGAACCGGCCAUCGGAAAUUCAUCAGCGGCGUGGUGGAGGGCUUCUACGGACGGCCAUGGACUAUGGAACAAAGGAAGGAGCUUUUCAGGAGGCAGCAGAAAUGGGGCCUGAACACAUACCUAUAUGCUCCAAAGGAUGACUAUAAGCACAGAAUGUUCUGGAGGGAAAUGUAUUCGGUCGAAGAGGCAGAGCAACUGAUGACCCUCAUGGCCUCUGCGAAAGAACACGGCAUCGAGUUCAUCUAUGCCAUUUCCCCUGGACUCGACAUCACGUUCUCCAACCAGAAGGAAGUCUCAACCCUCAAGAGGAAGCUGGAUCAGGUGUCUCAGUUCGGGUGUAAGUCCUUCGCCUUGCUUUUCGAUGACAUCGAUCCCAAUAUGUGCCCUGCGGACAAGGAAGUGUUCAGCUCCUUUGCACACGCUCAAGUGUCCAUCACCAAUGAGAUCUACCAGUACCUGGGAGAGCCAGAGACGUUCCUCUUCUGUCCCACAGAAUACUGUGGAACAUUCUGCUGCCCCAGUGUCUCCCAGUCUCCUUACCUGAGGACAGUGGGGGAAAAACUGCUGCCGGGCAUCGAGGUGUUGUGGACAGGUCCCAAAGUAGUGUCAAAAGACAUAACGGUUGAGUCCAUCGAGGAGGUGACGAAAAUUUUGAAGAGAGCCCCAGUUAUCUGGGACAACAUCCAUGCCAACGAUUAUGACCAGAAGCGGCUCUUCCUGGGCCCCUAUAAGGGACGAUCCACAGAGCUCAUUCCCCGUCUGAAGGGGGUCCUCACCAACCCCAACUGUGAAUUCGAGUCCAACUUUGUGGCAAUCCACACCCUGGCCACCUGGUACAAGUCCAACAUGAAUGGUGUACGCAAGGAUGUGGUCAUGACGGACGGUGAGGACACGGCGGUAUCCAUCCAGAUCCGUCUGGAGAACGAGGGCAGCGACGAGGAGCUGGAGACCGACGUGCUGUACAGCCCCCAGCUGGCCCUCAAACUGGCGCUGACUGAGUGGCUGGCCGAGUUCGGGGAGCCCCACCAGUACAACAGUCGGCAGGUGCCCCACAGCGGCCCCAAGAGCUCCGCGGUGGACGUGGCCUCCGUCACCUCCCCCAGCCUCGGCUCGUCCACCACAGUCACCACCGUCUACCAGCAGCCCAUCAUGAGCCGGGUGCCGGCCGCGGGGGAGGGGCAGCGGGACCCGGCCAAGCGGGAGCUCGACGAGGAGCCCAUGGAGACCGCCGCUGAGAAGCCCGAUGACCCGGACGCCGCUGCCCCCGCCGACCCCACCCUCACUGAGGGCGCCAAAGCCACUGAGGAUCUCAGGCCUAUGGACACAGACCGCGAGGCCGGCGGUGAGCUGGCCUCUCCGGAGGCCCCGCCUCCUAGCGCGCCGGAGGACCCGGGCGGCGACGUGGCGCCCAUGCAGACGGAUGAGCAGCUGGGCCGCGAGCCCUUCGUGCCGGGCCCCGGGGAGAAGCCGCUGUAUGCGGCUGAGGCCCUUACGCUGGACGACCUGAGCCUGCUGGCGGAGCUGUUCUACCUGCCCUAUGAGCACGGGCCCAAGGCCGCCCACAUGCUCCGCGAGUUCAACUGGCUGCGCGCCAACAGCAGCGUGGUCAGCGUCAACGCCGACACCAAGGAUCCCGACAAGGUGGCAGAGUGGCAUUCCAGAGCAGAGAAGUUCGAGGAGAUGUGCUGCUCCGUCAUCAGGAUGUUCACCAGGCUGUCCAACUCGGCCAACCGCACCAUCCUGUACGACCUGUAUCCCUACAUCUGGGACAUAAAGAGCAUCGUGUCCAUGGUCAAAUCAUUCGUUCAGUGGCUGGGGUGCCGUAGUCAGUCCUCGGCACAGUUCUUAGGCGGAGACCCCGAGCCGUGGGCCUUUAGGGGCGGUCUGGCGGGGGAGUUGCAGCGUCUGCUGCCCAUCGAUGGGGCUAACGACCUUUUCCACCAACCGCCUCCCUCCAUGCCUACCUCCAAGACGUACUCCAUAAGGCCGUACUUCCCCAAGGACGAGGCUGCUGUAUACAAGAUAUGCAGGGAGAUGUACAAGGAGGGGGUAGAGGGGGUAGAGGGGGUGGAGGUGGAGGUGGAGGUGGUGGAGGGGGUGGACGGAGGCCCCUUCCCAGAGCAGCCGGAUCUCAUUGGCGACAGGUUUGUCGGAGGCCUUCUGAACCUGAGCCCUGAUUACGGCUUCGUCCUGGAGGAUGAGGAGGGGAUCUGCGGCUAUGCCCUGGGCACGGCCGACGUCAAGCCCUUCGCCAAGAAGUGCAGGAUGAGCUGGAUCCCCAGCAUGCAGGAGAAGUACAACAAGCCGGACUGUGAGAAGGACCUGACCGAAGCCGAGAAAAUGAUGCUGAGCUUCCACGAGGAGGAGGAAGAGGAAGGUCUGCCAGACUCCUUCCUCAGUAACUUCCCCUCCCUGAUCAAAGUGCAAAUCCACACCAAGGUUACAGACCCCAGCGUGGCCAAGAGCAUGAUGGGAUGCCUGCUGUCGUCACUCAAAGCCAGCGGCUCCCACGGCGCCUUCUGUGAAGUGAGGCAGACCGACAAGCGGAUGCUGGACUUCUACAGCAAACUGGGCUGCUUUGAGGUGGCCAAGAUGGAGGGCUUCCCAAAGGACGUUAUCAUCAUGGGGCGGAGCCUGUGAGGCGGCCGUGCGAGGGAGCAAACCCACGACCCACCACCCGAACAUUACCGUCGCAGUUAGCGGAGCCUGCCCCCCCACCCACGCUGCUGCACGAGCGCGUGCCCCGUCACCAGUCAGCACAGGACGCCCUGCCGGCUUGAAGCAGCAUCUCAUAGCUCACUGCUGAGUGUUCAUUUGCUUUUACUCUGUUAUUAUAUCUAUAUAUAUUUUUUUUGAGAAGGAGGAAAGUUGUUGGCGAGCUUGUGAACUUGGGGGGUCUUGCAGGGGAAUGUCUGAGUCUCCUAUAACUCUCAUUGUGAUUGUAUCAGACCUCCAGCUUGAGGAUGACUGCAUCUGUGCGUGGGUGCCCCCAUUUACCCCCCGCUUCUCGCUGGGGAUCGUUUGGCUUGGGGGAGGCGUGACCAUUUUCCUUAGAAGGGCUGCUCGACUCGUCUCUUCUCGUCUAGGGGUGGUGACCAUAAUGAAAACACAGCAAUCAUUAAAAACAUUAGUUUGAAGAAAAAAGACAAAGCUUAAUAUUCAGCAGCUGCUCCCUAAUCGGCAGUAGGCAGGUUCUGCUGUUAGCUCUGUGGUGUCGCCUCAGUCGCCCACUGUUUGAGCACGGUUCUAACUGCUGAGGCGGGCGGCGAUGUUCCUCGGUGAUGUUCCCCGGGUGCACUGCUCCAUUCGGUGCCUGGACUGGGGCGUGGGAGGUCAGAUCUGCCCGCUGACUGUCGGGUGGGAAGGCUGCAGGAUGUCCUUUCUGCUUCCUGACUGUGAGCGGACCCCCCCCCAUACUUAACGUCUAAUAAAGUGAAGCCGAAGAGGGCGACUUUUGAGACCUGUGACCCAUUAGCGUUUUUAAAUCGACUUCGGCUUUGACGUGCAGACGGUUUCAGUGGACGUGCACUGAGUUUAUACCCACAAGAUUUGUGCCGAGACCCUGUAAAUCCAGUCCCCGCAGGAUUGGGCGUUACUGGUCCUUUGCUGGAUCGGAUCAGCACCCGGCCCGGUUGGGUGUACUGAUACGAGGGAGCCCUGGUAAGCGAUCACAUGGCUCUUGAAUGCCCCGAACCUCAUCUUAGGUGAUAUUUGCUGUGAACAUGCUAUAGCUAACAAAGUAUUCCAUUCACUUCUCCUUUAUUGAUGUUGAAACGUUUGGUGUCGCUGUAUAGAGGUGGUUUAAGCAUUUCUCUUCCUUUGCUUAGCUGGGUGUCGUAUUCAGGCUGACCCCCCCCCCCCCCCCCUCCACUUUAGUCUCAGUUUCUGCUCCUUCUUACUGUUGAUGAUUUGCCAGCCUUCAGGUGCUUCUUUGCUCCUCCUAUGAUACAGCAGCUUGUCCCACGUGGGAUCUGAGCCGACGCCCUCAUGGUCACCAUGAACCCAGGUCCUUCACCACUGCAUUGGUUGUCCAUGUAAAGAAUGUGAAUACUUCAUGUAAGUAAUCUGUAUGUAAUUUAAUGUAAUUAGUGUUUCAAUUUUAAUAAAGUUCUGCUCUUUACUCUGA